AUGUAUGGUUCUGACACUGAGAAGGUAUAUGUGAAAACAUGCUGGUAAUGUUAAAAAAUCUGUCCAGACUGAGAUUUCGCCAGCCGUUUCCAUGCAGUACAGCAAGGAUGUUUUAUGGAACAGGCUGCGGAGCUGAGUUGAGGACAACGGUGUUAUAUCAGAUACAGCUAUUGUCAUUAGGCACCAAAUUCAGGCAAUACACUAUAAAAGUGUGAAGAAAAGUUCAGUUAUAAUCACCGUAGUCUUGCUCUCAGAUUUUACAGAGAUAGUAAAGAUGUAAAUGUUAAUGCUGUCUGUUCUCUCCUCUCUGAAACACUAAUUAUCUAAAUCCUCCAUAUACCCCAUAAACACAUUGAGACCAAUUUUAUAGACUUCAAGUGGAAUACUUUGUCUGUAUCAAGGGGACUUUAAAAGAGGCACUGAUUGACUGUGUUGAGUACACGUACGGCACUGGUGCACUGGUUCCAGUUAAAGUUGUACAUCUGCAAAGUUAAACAGUAAAGAAAAUAAUGAAUUUCAAAGUUCAUCAGGUCCACUCAAUAUGAAUGGAUGCUGGAUAACUGCUGUCAGAGCUGCACUGGAGAACCUGAUUGCCUUCAGUGCUGUUUUUCCAUGCCCCUUGCAAAAUAGGUGCCCUGGUUGCUUAUUUCAGUAAGGCAGGGCCCUGUAUCACCCGCUUGUCCCCAUCUUCCCUGUGCUGGGACAGGACUACUGCCAUCCUCCUGCCAGCUGCUGGGAAUCUGGAGCUGCUCAAGGUGGUGUAUCCCACUCCAGCAGCUCUCCUCCUGGGAACGUCCUCUCUUUCUUCUUCCUUCCCCUCCUCGUCCCCAUGUCUUCCUGACUCUGGAUUCUCUCUGGGAUACGGGUGGUGCUCCCCUCACUGUUCUGCUUCAGGCUGCCCUGAGAUGGUCUUUGGUCAUUGUUGUGGUUCAGACGAGAAUCUUAAAAUCAUGUGCCUGGACAGUCUCCACAUUACAGAGCCUCUUGCAGCCUUAACUAUGGGUCCCAAACCUAAUGAUCUUUGUAUGGCUUGCUGUUUCGGAGGAGCUGAAAUCCCAACUCUAUUUCUUCUGUCUGUUUUUAAGAUCAAUAUCCGUCUGGUGGCGAUCCUUUAAAUCCCUUCUCCCUGCUGGAAAGCCUGAGGUCAGCUGGGUGACAUGCUCAGUGGCUUGUGUAGUUUCAGUUUCUGCGCACACAGCAAAAGACCACAUUUCUAACGGCCACGUCGAGAUCAUUCAUGUGCUUUGCUCUUUUUCUCAUUAAUGUCUACUUCAUGAGGGCCUGCUCUGGGCCACCUGCAUGGUGCUAAAAAAGAUGUCUGUCAGGUUCCUUUUCUGUCUUCAAGUCUUUAAUUCAAGCUGUAAUUUGACAGCUGUCAGCCUUGGAGUCUUUUAUACAGUAUGAGUGCCUUUCUCCCUGUCUGUGGGCUGCUGUCUGACUCACUGACCCCUCUCCCCUUCCUGUACCCUUCACUGACGUGUUCUGAUGACCAGUGACCCGGAGCCCGCUGUCAUCAUGACUGUCCCUCUCACCGAGCCUCCUGAUCCUCAGCAAACGCUUCGUUUCUCAUUUUAUUAUGCCUCCCUUUUAUUAUUCAUCUAUUCUCCUUUUAUCUCCCAUUUGGAUUCAUCACUGCACUCCCGGCACUGAUCUAGGAGAACAGCAUGAUCACAAGAAAGUAAAAGGGAUUUGAGCUCAACCAGGCUGGUGACAUUUUCAGGGAUCUAAGGAAAGCGUCACUGGCCUUUCUUUAAAGCUGGGUAUUCCGAGCGUGUCAACCUGCCCUUGAAUUCACAGUCACCCCCUCAACUGCCCACCUCUCGUGGGUCAGCAGUUCACUGAAAGGGGAUAGAAGUGCAGAAGUGGGGCUUCUCUAAGGACAGCCGGUUCUUCUACCAGAGCUAUGAACUGCUUUUCAGGAUGUGUUUGAUCUCUGUAAAAGUCGGACAGCGCGCCCAUCAAACUGAACACCACAGCCAUCCUCAGAGAAGGUGCCCUGUACAACCGCAGAGUGGAGGAGGAGCUGCGCAGGGUGGAGCGGCUGGCGGGAGGCGCGGGCGACCCCUCGCGGUUCCUGCAGUGGCAGCGCGCGAUGCGGGAGCUGGACCUGCAGCGCCAGCUGGCGGACGUGGAGCGGCGGCGCCUGGAGGGCCAGCUCAGCCACGAGGAGGCCGUGCUGGCGCGGCACCGCCUCCUGCAGGAGAACCAGCGGAAGGCGCAGCUCAAGAAGGAGGAGACCGCCGAGAUGAUGCGCCGCUACGCCGAGCUGCGCCUGGAGGAGGAGAAGGGGAUGAAGGAGCUGGUGGAGGUGGUGGCGGAGGGACACAAGAACAGCAAGGAGGCCAAGGCCAAGCUGAAGGAGUACAAACAGCGCAUAGUGCAGGAGGUGUCGGAACAGAGCCGGGAGCUGCUGCGCCAGGCCCUGGAGGAGGCCCAGGCCGAGCUCAGCAGGAAGUUUGAGCUGAUCCGCCAGAUCCGCGCCCUGGAGUCCGUGCCAGUGAUCCGGCACAGAUUCGUGGACCUGACUGAGGCGGGGGGCCACGCUCUCCUGGGGGAGAUGUCAGUGGUGGAGCUGCGCGAGAGGCUGGCCCUGCUGAAGGAGGCCGCGCGCAGGGAGCAGGAGGAGCGCCGGGACCGGAUCCUGGAGGAGAAGCAGGUCAGGGAGCAGCUCCUCCUGGAGCAGCUGGACCACAUCGCCCUGCACAGAGCCGUGCUGGGGAGAGCCGCGGCCCUCAGGCAGGAGGAAAAGAAGGCCAGAGCUCCAGCCCUGAGAGCCCGAGCUAUACAGGACGAGCGCGUGUCUGAGCUGCAGCGGAAGCUGGAGGAGAAGCGCCAGCAGCGACAGAGGCAGAGUGAGAGCCUGAAGAUGAAGGCGGAGAAGAGCACAGCGCGUUCUCUCAAGGCCUGGAGCGUGAAAAAGGUAACCCACACACCAGGCCCUGGUGCCCGCACUCUCCAGCCAAAUUCUUAAUCACCAACCAAUUGA